AUGUACAAAACACAACGUAAAAAUAUUCUUAAAAAUGGCUGUAAGUAAUAGUGUAAAACAAUCAUUAAAAUAUUUAAUGGGGAAAUGUGUGCCUUCACUAAAAACAAAUGCGGCAAAAAUAGGAAUUCCUAGAUAUGAGUAUGAUGAAAAUUUACACAUGUAUUUUAAAAAACAUGAUUUUGUAUAUGCUCAUGACCCACAAAAAAUUUGCAAAACUGGAGAUAUGGUUUUGAUACAAAGUUUACCAGAAAAAAUGACACGACUCAUUCAACACAAGGUCAUUGAAGUUAUAUUCCCACUUGGAGAUAUAACUGAUCCAAUAACAGGUAAAAAGGUUGUUGCUGGACAAUAUCGAGAAAAAAUCAAAGAGGUUAAUGAAAUGUUUGGAAAAUCAGAAAAAGGUUUUGAUUAUGAUAAGGCACCAUCCAGAGGUUCUUUGGAAGACACACGAGAUUUCACUCAUAGACCUAUGUUCCAAAAGUAUCACGAUGACCCAAAUGACCCUCAACCAUAUCAUGUUUAAAUAAAUAUAUUGUAGAUAAAUUUUAUUAUAAAAUGUUUUAUUGUUAAUAGGUAAAAUAUCAAAUUUCAUUUUUAUACACACUUUUAGUGUAGUAAACUUCAAUAAAUAAGUGUUUAGUCAAAUGUUUUGUGAAUAUUUGACAACGUGACCUCAAU